AUGCUUCGCCAGCUCCGCCAGCUUUGCUGCGCGCUGCUCCUGUUGCUGUGCACCGGUGGCGGCCUCGUCAUUGCGGUGCCGCACCAUUGCGUGUUUGAUCGCCUGCCACGGAACGUUGGCGAGGUGACGGGCGGGGAGGAGCCGGCCAGUCCUGUCACUGUGUCCGUGGGCAGUGACUGGGCGCCCCUCCGAAUCAAGGUGUUUGCGGAUGACCUGGAGGGGUUGGGGGGAUUCUGCACCAGGGCCGGGGAGCAUAUAAACAUGUUUUUUGGCAAGGAGAUGGUCUGCCAGGAGGAGGACAUUCUGACGGAGGAGAAGGUGGACAUUCUCGAGAACGUGAUUCUUUCCGAGGCGGCGAAGAUGCACAGCGAGCUUCCA